AUGUCACCCGGCGCUUGCGCCGCAACGGGAUCGUCUCAAUGUCACAUCGUUCCUUUCUGCAGGGAGGAUGGGAAGGGGAGUUACGGUUUUUCGCUGCUGCGGGGCAAACGAACCAGCAUGGAGGACUUCCAUGCUGCACAGAAGGAUCCACGGACUGGGCAGUUGUACGGAUUGUUUGGUAUCUUUGAUGGGCAUGGCGGUCCCCAUGCCGCUGACUACGUCCGGAGUAACCUGUUCAUAAACAUGAUGCAGAGCAACAAGUUCGUCAGCGACCUACCCGCGUGCGUAGCUGAGGCUUACGAGACCACGGAUAACCAGUACCUGCGUCACGAGAGCUCAAACGGUCGAGAGGAUGGUUGUACGGCGGUUACAGCGGUCGUGGCAGGCCAGCGGCUGCUGGUGGCGAAUGUUGGGGACUCCCGCGCAGUGCUUUGCCGUGGCGGGAAAGCCAUCGCGCUGUCAGUAGACCACAAACCCAACGUCAAAGAGGAGCGGUCACGGAUCGAGAGCGCGGGCGGCGUGGUGGUGUGGGCGGGCACUUGGCGGGUGGGCGGGGUGCUGGCUGUGUCCCGCGCAUUCGGGGACAGGCCGCUCAAGCGCUACGUCAUCCCGACGCCCUCCGUGGCUGAGGAGAGUCUAACCGGCGAGGACGAGUUCCUCAUGCUGGCCAGUGACGGGCUGUGGGACGUCAUGACGAACCAGGAAGCCGUCACCCUGAUUCGGGACAUCUCAGACGCUGAGCAAGCUGCCAAACGAGUAACCGAGGAGGCAUACCAACGCGGGAGCAAUGACAAUAUCAGCUGCGUGGUGGUGCGAUUUAAAGGAUAA